AGGCGGAGGAGGAGGUGGAGGUGGAGGAGACAGCGAGGCAGCAGAAACAAAAGCUCGAAACGGCGGACAGAACCAGUCGAAAGAAAACAACAAACCGCUCCGGACGCACUCGAAGCGCUAAUAAAAUUUAUUUUUGUGUUUAGCUCCCCCCCUUGCGCUCUCUGGCCCGUGCUCGUGCUACCGUUUAUACGCGCGCGUGUGUGUGUGUGUAUGUCUGUGCAGUGUAUAAAAAUAUUUAAACAAAAAUCACCCGCCAGGCCAGACAAGAAGAUCUGAUCUCCGCCAGAGCAGACAGCAAAACAACAACAACAACAAGAGAAUUAUAAAAGCAACAACGCGACGGUGACGCGGCAAGGUGCUGGAGGUCACCACUCGGCACAUUUCGCGCUCGGUCGUUCUGACCACCCACCCACCGUCACCCCCCGCAUUGGCCGUAACCCGUAGCCGUUGCCCGCCGUAACCAGUUCCAGUUCCAUCCGCCCGCAACAGCACGCGCGAUCAGGAAAAAAAAAUAUCAUCAAGGCAGCUGAAAGCGAAAAAAAAAUCAAAAAAAAAAAAAAAAACAACAAUAGCAAACUCACGCGCUUCUCUCAAGCGUUUUUUAUUGUUUUUAUUCGCCGUUCUGUUCUUUUUUUUUUCAUCGUUUUUUUAUUGCUCUCGACUGAUAAACGUCAGUUGAUAAAUAUCGCAUCGCAAACAAACACCAAUUAUUCCAAUAAAGCCAGCGCCAAGUGCGAAUGCGCCCUCGAUUUGUAUGCCAUCAGCAGCACUCGGUUGCCCAUUCCCAUACCCAUUCCGCCGCUGUCCACUUCCAUACCCAUUCCCAUCCUCGAUCGCAUCCCCAUUACCACGCCACUGACGUCAGUCAUCGACGUUAUCGCUCCGCGAACAUGGUGGCCGUGGAGGGGAUCGGUAUGGGGGGCUCCCUGGAUUCCGGUACCGGAAUGGGCCACUUCAACGAGACGCCGCUAUCUGAACUAAGCGUGGAGACCCGCACCCAGCUAUCCCAGAUGCUCAAUCGCAAGAAGGUCCUGCGCUCCGAAGAGGGCUACCAGAAGGACUGGCGCGGCAUCUCGGAGCUGGCCAAGCAAAAGGGCUUCGUCGAUGAGAAUGCCAACAAUCCCAUGGAUUUGGUGCUGAGCAGCUGGAGCCAGCGCAAUCCCCAGACCGCCAAAGUUGGACACUUGGAGAACUUCCUCGGUAUCAUCGAGCGCUGGGACGUAUGCGAUGAUAUCCAAGAGAAUCUAGCCAAGGACACCGAACGAUAUCACGUGAAACAAGAGCAGCGACAGACGGCACUGGUGGAGGGCUGUCCGCCGCCCCCAUCCGACAGCUUGGAGACCAACAACAACUACAGCAACAGCAUCACAGUGGGCCCCAGCGUUCAGAUCCUGAGCGGCGAGGACCAGGACUGUGCCAAGAUGGGAAAGCCCCUGCCCCGGUACAAUGCCUGUGUUUUGUACGCAGAAGCGGACAUCGGUCAUGCCACAGAGAUCAUGGAAAAUCUAGAAUCCGAGACAUACAAACUCAGGCUCUUCCUGCGGCAUCGCGAUAUGCUGGCGGGGGUGCCCUUCGAGCACAUCCAACUCUCCCACUUCAUGGCCACCCGCUGCAACCACCUGAUCGUUGUGCUCACAGAGGAGUUUCUCCGGAGUCCGGAGAACACGUACCUCGUGAACUUCACCCAGAAGAUACAAAUUGAAAAUCACACUCGCAAAAUCAUACCGAUACUGUACAAUCCGAGCAUGCACAUACCACAGACCCUGGGCAUAUACACGCACAUCAAGUACGCCGGGGACUCCAAGCUCUUCAAUUUCUGGGAUAAACUGGCCCGAUCGCUGCACGAUCUGGAUGCGGUUUCAAUUUAUUCAACGCGCCAGGUGCAAACACCAUCGCCCUUGGAGGAAUCAGCUCCCCAGAGAGUGACCACUCCCAGUAUUCGGAUCCAAAUCAACGACAAAGACGUCACCGACAUGCCCAACUACAACAAUGGCAGCUCCUCCGAUGCGGAUACCACCAUGGUAUCCAUUUCGGGAGACACCAGUUCCCCUUUGCCGGAGCACAAGUCGAAGAAAAAGUUCCUGCGAAAGAUCACCCUGAACUUUGGCAAGUCGCCAAAGAAUGGUAGCACCAGUGGUAAACCCCUGCGACAUGCCCACUCCGUCAGCACCAUCCAUGUCACGGAACGGGAGAGGACACUGAGUGCCAGCAGCUCCAACAUAUCGACGACAUCGGAGAGCAAGAAGUGGCAGCCGAAUAUCCUCAAGAAGGUGUUUUUCUCGCGAUCCAGCAGCAAGCUGCAGACUCCGGGUUAAAUAUAAUCUUAAGAUCCUUCUCAGUCUUAGUCUCCACCUGGUUUGGAGCUCAUUCGAUUCCUUUUCGUGUGCCCAGUCUAGUUAUACGGCCGUAGAGUCGCCACAACGCCGUCACCCCUCCAUACUUAGAAUUAAUCCGUAGCCUAAUCUUAAUCAAAGCCAACUAACUUAAUAUACUUAGACGCACUUGUUAACUUGAAUAAGACAACAACGAAUAAAGACAAUACCACAUAA